AUGAGUAAAUCUAGAGACAAAUCCAUCCCAGAAACAGGUAGUUCUACCUCUCCUAAACUAAAUCUUAUACCGUUUAACCCACGUGGAAAGCUAAGUUUGACUUCGUGGAUGAGACUGUUUGAGAAGCAAGCGGCGAGACAAAAGAUUGACGAACAGGAGCUUCACUUUUACAUACCAGAGUAUUUACAGCAUGAAGCUUUCGACUAUUUUUGUGAAAAUUUAGUAGAGGAAACGGAUUGGAACAAAAUUAAACAAAAAUUACUCGAGUACUUUCCACAGGAAGAAGAUGAUUACUUCACCGAUGUAAAAAGUUUACAGUAUUUUAGAAGGAAUAUUAUUAUUUAUAAUGCUCCGAAACCUGUAGGUGUUCUUGGAUUUAAAGUGCUGAUAGACGGGAAUGGUGACGUUGAAGGAAAUUAUACUCUUUUAGCUUACUUACCCGAUGAAAGUGGUAACUGGAGUAUGAGAGCUGUUGCCAGGUUUGGCCGCAAAGAGAAAGAUGAAUUACCUAAAUUUAUUCUAGAAAAGGAAAUAAAUUGGAUAAACGAUGUUCCGAAAUCCGAACCAGAAUGCGGUUUCGAUGGAAAGAAAUGUUCUAAAGAAUGGAAAAUAAUAUUAAUAUGCACGGCUUCCAUUGCCUUAAUUAGUAUUGCGGGGUUUUUUAUUUUAAGGCAUUAUCAUUACGAACAUAAAUUAGCUCGUUUAUUAUGGAAAAUUGACAUUAAAGAAGUUACUUUGCUUCGUACAAACUCUGAUUACACGUUACAGAAUUUUCGAAAUACAAUUAACUUCCAGCAUUAUGAUGGAAAUAAAUUACAAGUUCCCACAGAAACGGAUAAAGAACAAGAAUCAUUUACGCCUUUCACGUCCAAAAUUGGCUUUUAUAAAGGAAACAUCGUCUACAUUAAACCAGUUUAUAAGAGGAGCAUCGAUCUCACGCGAGCUCUACGUAAAGAAAUGAUCCAAAUGAGAGAAUUAAGACACGAAAAUAUCAAUCCAUUCAUUGGUGCAUCAGUCGAUCCUCCUCAUAUUUGCGUCAUGACUCUUUAUUGUAGCAGAGGAAGUCUAGAAGAUGUUUUAAAAAAUGAAGAUUUAAAUUUAGAUAAUAUGUUCGUGGCAUCUCUCGUGUCCGAUUUAAUUAAAGGAAUGAUUUAUCUUCAUGAAAGCGAAAUAGUUUCUCAUGGGAAUCUUAAAUCAUCGAAUUGUUUAGUGGACAAUCGAUGGGUACUUCAAAUUUCUGAUUUCGGAUUACACGAAUUUAAGUCUGGAGAAGAAAUACCUAAUCACUUAGAAAAGAAAUAUCUUAGAGAUCAAUUGUGGAGAGCUCCAGAACUAUUGAGAAUGUUAAACAGACCAAUUAGAGGUACUCAGAAAGGAGAUGUAUACUCCUUUGGUAUUAUUCUAUUCGAAAUUAUAGGAAGAACGGGACCUUGGGGAAAAUUUGCUCCUCCAAAUAAAUGUAUUAUAGAUAAAGUGGUAAAUCCUCAUCAUUAUAAUGGAGAAUUAUAUCGACCUCCAGUUCAUGAAUUAGAUUGCGAAGAUUAUGUGAAACGUUGUAUGGAAGAAUGUUGGCACGAAAAUGCUGAUUCUAGACCAGAUUUUCGUUUAAUAAAUGUUAAAUUAAGAGAUAUGCAAGCUGGUUUGAAACCAAAUAUAUUUGACAAUAUGAUUGUGAUAAUGGAGAAAUAUGCUUAUAAUUUAGAAGGUCUCAUUCAAGAAAGGACAAAUCAAUUAGUUGAAGAAAAGAAGAAAACCGAAAAUCUAUUAUUAAGAAUGUUACCAAAACCAGUAGCUGAUCAAUUAAAGAGAGGUGAACCUGUAGAAGCAGAGAGUUUUGAUUCUGUUACAAUAUACUUUAGCGAUAUCGUCGGAUUCACUGCUCUUUCAGCAGUUAGUACACCUCUUCAGGUGGUGGAUCUUUUAAACGAUCUAUAUACGUGUUUUGAUUCGAUUAUAGGAAACUUUGAUGUUUAUAAAGUAGAAACUAUAGGUGAUGCUUACAUGGUAGUAAGUGGAUUACCGAUACCGAAUGGUAAUUCACACGCUACACAAAUUGCCUCUAUGGCAUUGCAUUUGUUAAAUGCUAUUCGUACUUUCGAAAUUCGCCACAUGCCAGGCGAUAGAUUAAAAUUAAGAAUUGGCAUACACUCAGGCCCUUGCGUUGCGGGCGUAGUAGGCCUUAAAAUGCCAAGAUAUUGUCUCUUUGGAGACACUGUAAAUACUGCUUCUAGAAUGGAGUCUACGGGUGAAGGCGAGGGUAAAGGUGAAAUGAGAACAUUUUGGUUAGUCGGUAAGAAAAGUUCUCAAGUAACAUCAAGAACUGUACAAAACAAUUCUAGUUUAACAGCUUCUUCCAACGACUUAACUUCCACCACAAAUUUAGAAAAUUUUGAUUUUCGUUUGUUAUUAGACAACGAACUAGAUUUACAAGUUCGAAGGAAGAAAAUGUCUCAAGUUUCCAAUCACAAUUACAGUAGCUGUCUUAGCUUAUUCCAAGAAUGUCGUAAAAGUGUACUUAAAGAAAUAAGAAAAGAAGGACGAGCCAAUUAUAAUGGAUACAGAUCAGCACCCGUGAUUGAUUUCAGAGAUAGAUCUUCAAGAGAUUGCUUAUUGUAAAUGGAAAUCAUGUAUAAAAUAUAUAUUGUCUAUUUAUUUUUAAAGUACAAUAUAUCUUAUUUAAUGAAAAUUUAUAUCAUCUGUAUAUCUUUGAACUUUUUAAUGUCGAUAUAGUAAAGUGCCACGCGAUAAGAGGAUAUAUUAUACUAUAGACUAUAUAUAUAUAUAUAUUUAUUUAAUAACAAUAAUACUAUAACUAUUAUAUAAAAAUAUUUAUUUAUUCAAACUUAUAAAACAAA